AUGGCGGUCGAUACAAGCUACCUGACCACUCAGGUCAACAAUAUCGUCGAACAGCUCCAUGGUAUCUUUGAUGAGAUUGGUAUUCCAAACCAUGAGCGCGACUCUCGGGAAGCAGAGCUCUUCAAUGCGCUGUCGGAAACACUCAACAGUCACCUGAAGAUGGUUGACGACGAGAAGAACGACAUGACAGGAGAAGCGCAGAAGCUUAUCAGCGCGAUUCAGCAGAUGGAGGAAUCUCUCGUCGACGAAAAAGCAAAUGGCCAAUACAACCUCGACCACAACGACCUCCGUGUCACGUACCCGCUGAAUCGCUGUCUCGCUUUUUUGCGGGAGCAACACAGCGCAGUCAGCAAGUUACACCGCCAGCGAUAUGAGCAAGUUAGGAAGCUUGUCGAAGCUCUUGAGUCCUAUUCUUCUCAUCUUGAGCAAUCCUUCGUUAGCAUUGAACUCCCUCCUACCGCACCUGGGUCAUCGAUCGCACCAAGCUUCGACCUCUCCCCGACAUACGUUACUGCGCUUGAUGCAGAGUUUACAAGAGUUUACGAAGAAUACCAUCGCCGUGUUGAGCUUGUGAAGACUACAUGUGAAGACAUCAUUAAGCUCUGGGCUGAGCUUGGGACACCUCAGGCGCAGACAGAUUCAAGCAUUGUCCAGCAUUAUCGUGAAUCGCCAGAACAAUUAGGGCUUCAUGAGUCGGACUUGGCAAACCUGCUCGCGAGACGGGAGAAGCUUUUGGAGGAGAAGAGAGCGCGCGAGCGUAAGUUGAAAGAUCUUAAGGGUGCUGUGGAAGGGCUCUGGGAACGCUUCGGGGUUGAGGAGUCUGAUAGAAAGACAUUCCUCGCUUCGAACCGUGGGUGCGGAUUACGCACGAUCAAUGAGUUUGAAGAAGAGCUCUCCCGCCUUAACGAACUCAAACGACAGAAUCUCCAUCUCUUCGUUGAAGAUUCUCGUUGCCGACUUCAAGAGCUUUGGGACAGCUUGUAUUUCUCAGAAGAAGAGAUGCUGGACUUCACACCUGCCUUUUCUGACGUCUACAGCGACGCUCUUCUAGAGGCUCACGAGGCAGAGAUUGCGCGCCUAGAGACCUUGAAGGAGCAACGUGCGCCAACUCUACAGCUCAUUGAUAAACAUCGCAGCCUCCUUGCGGAGCGGGAAGCAUUGGCCGUUUCCAGCCAAGACGCGUCUCGUCUCUUGGGCCGCGGGAACAAGGGCGAGAGACGGGAUCCGGGCAAGCUGCUUAGAGAAGAAAAGAUGAGGAAGAGAAUCGCCAAGGAGCUGCCAAAGGUUGAGGCGGACUUGAGAAGAGAGUUGGAGAACUUUGAGGAUGAGUACGGACGCCCGUUCCUCGUCCAUGGAGAGAGCUAUCUUGAAGAACUUAUCAAGAUCUCUGCUGCAAAGCCUCCUCCACGUUCUAAAACACCGUCGGUUGCACCAUCAAAUAGCGUGAAGCGCAAUGCUCCACCAUCUCGGCCUGGGAGCGUUAUGAGAGGUCCUCCCCCUCCUCGCUCCAGUACUAAAACACCCACCAGUAGCCAGCCAGUCAAGUACAACACUAUUGGGCCAUCAAGGUCAGGAGCAAGGUCACCAACGAAGAUCCCAGGUCGUGUGCCCCUCGGAAAUAUGCCGCACGGGAACAACUCUCCUGACCGUCGUGGCCCAGGUACAUACUCUUCUAGCACUGUGAACGGCAAACUACCUGCAUCUCGCGCCCCGCCACCGAGGAUGAGGGCGCUUACAACUACUGACAAAGAAGACCGAGGAAACUAUCUUUUUGAGCCUCCACGCUGCGCGAGUGCCAUGUCAAAUUCCUUCGUCCGGCCAGUCAGCCCUGAGGAUGUUUACGAUGAUCGCCAGCGUUCUUUUAUGAGCUCUUCCAUUUUCUCCCAACGGUCAACCGGAUUCUCUCAAUCUUCGCAAUCCUCUUCUUCGUCCUUGUCACUCAAAUCAUCGCUGCAGGGAACGUACCCUCGACCAAACCCAUAUCUGAACCAUGCGCCACCACCUCCAGCACCAAGGCAAGUGUCAAAUACCUCCACCGUCGACACAGUCACCACGGGCUCAGAAAACUGGGAGACCUUUGACGAUGCCUCGGAUUCCGAUGGUGACCCCAGCGAGGCGUUUUACGCCAAAUUCCGUGCCGCGAGCGCAAAGCGGCUAGCCCCAGAGGACCACCAACAACCUGUUUCCCUUGCAGGAAAGAAGGCGAAGGGCAUCCGAAGCGUUAGCCCUGAAGAGCCGAUUGGGAACCACAUGGUUCGAGUAGCUGGAAGUGACGCCGGCUGGACCGAUGACAUGGAGGCUUACUAA